AUGCUUGCGCAUGCCAAUGCACAGACAAUUCGAUACUCACUUAAAAAUAACACCAUCACGUAUUUUAACGAAUCAGAUGUCGACUGGUCUAGUGCUAUUGACUAUCAAUGUCCUGAUUGUUUAAUCGGCAAAAGCACCAAACACAGACAUAUCAAAGGUUCACGACUAAAAUACCAAAAUUCAUACGAACCCUUUCAAUACCUACAUACUGACAUAUUUGGUCCAGUUCACAACCUACCAAAAAGUGCACCAUCCUAUUUCAUCUCAUUUACUGAUGAGACAACAAAAUUCCGUUGGGUUUAUCCAUUACACGACCGUCGCGAGGACUCUAUCCUCGAUGUUUUUACUACGAUACUAGCUUUUAUUAAAAACCAGUUUCAGGCCAGUGUCUUGGUUAUACAAAUGGACCGUGGUUCUGAGUAUACUAACAGAACUCUCCAUAAAUUCCUUGAAAAAAAUGGUAUAACUCCAUGCUAUACAACCACAGCGGAUUCCCGAGCACAUGGAGUCGCUGAACGGCUCAACCGUACCUUAUUAGAUGACUGCCGUACUCAACUGCAAUGUAGUGGUUUACCGAACCAUUUAUGGUUCUCUGCAAUCGAAUUUUCUACUAUUGUGAGAAAUUCACUAGCUUCACCUAAAAGCAAAAAAUCUGCAAGACAACAUGCUGGCUUGGCAGGACUUGAUAUCAGUACUUUGUUACCUUUCGGUCAACCUGUUAUCGUCAAUGAUCACAACCCUAACUCCAAAAUACAUCCUCGUGGCAUCCCAGGCUACGCUCUACAUCCGUCUCGAAACUCUUAUGGAUAUAUCAUCUAUCUUCCAUCCUUAAAGAAGACAGUAGAUACAACUAACUAUGUUAUUCUUCAGGGCAAGGAAUCCAGAUUAGAUCAAUUCAAUUACGACGCACUCACUUUCGAUGAAGACUUAAACCGUUUAACUGCUUCAUAUCAAUCGUUCAUUGCGUCAAAUGAGAUCCAACAAUCCGAUGAUCUUAACAUAGAAUCUGACCAUGACUUCCAAUCUGACAUCGAACUACAUCCUGAGCAACCGAGAAAUGUCCUUUCAAAAGCUGUGAGUCCAACCGAUUCCACACCUCCGUCAACUCAUACUGAAGAUUCGAAACGUGUUUCCAAAACCAAUAUUCGCGCACCCAGAGAAGUUGACCCCAACAUAUCUGAAUCUAAUAUUCUUCCAUCUAAGAAGAGAUCUAGCACCCCCCAAAUUUCCGAUAUCGAGAGUACCGGUUCGGGUGGUAUGCAUAGAUUAGAUGUUCCUUUACUUGCUCCCAUGUCCCAAUCUAACACACAUGAGUCGUCGCACGCCAGUAAAUCUAAAGAUUUCAGACACUCAGACUCGUACAGUGACAAUGAGACUAAUCAUACAAACGUACCAAUAUCCAGUACGGGUGGUACCAAUAAUAAAACUGUUCCGCAGACAAGCGAACAGGAGACUGAGAAAAGGAUCAUACACCGUUCACCUUCGAUCGAUACUUCCUCAUCAGAAAGUAAUUCACUACACCACGUCGUUCCUAUCAAAACGUCAGAUACCUGUCCUAAGGAGAAUACAGAGGAAUCUAUUAUCGCUGAUCUUCCACUCCCCGAUCUGCCUCCAGAACCUCCUACCGAAUUAUCAGACUCCUUUAAAGAACUCCCACCGAUAAAUUCUCAUCAAACUAAUUCCAGUUUGGGUGGUAUUGGUGACUCUAAUGCCUAUACUACUAUCAACAGUAAGAAAAGAUCAUUAGAAGAUAAUGAAACUGAAAUUAAGGUAUCACGAGACACAUGGAAUACUAAGAAUAUGCGUAGUUUAGAACCUCCGAGAUCGAAGAAACGAAUUCACCUGAUUGCAGCUGUAAAAGCAGUAAAAUCAAUCAAACCAAUACGAACUACCUUACGAUACGAUGAGGCAAUCACCUAUAAUAAAGAUAUUAAAGAAAAAGAAAAAUAUAUCCAGGCAUACCACAAAGAAGUCAAUCAACUGUUGAAGAUGAAAACUUGGGACACUGACAGAUAUUAUGACAGAAAAGAAAUAGACCCCAAAAGAGUAAUAAAUUCAAUGUUUAUCUUUAACAGGAAACGUGGCGGUACUCAUAAAGCUAGAUUUGUUGCAAGAGGUGAUAUUCAACAUCCUGACACUUACGACCCAGGCAUGCAAUCCAAUACCGUACAUCACUAUGCAUUAAUGACAUCCCUGUCACUUGCAUCAGACAAUAACUACUAUAUUACACAAUUAGACAUAUCUUCGGCAUAUUUGUAUGCAGACAUCAAAGAAGAACUAUACAUAAGACCUCCACCACAUUUAGGAAUGAAUGAUAAGUUAAUACGUUUGAAGAAAUCACUUUAUGGAUUGAAACAAAGUGGAGCGAACUGGUACGAAACUAUCAAAUCAUACCUGAUAAAACAGUGUGGUAUGGAAGAAGUUCGUGGAUGGUCAUGCGUAUUUAAGAAUAGUCAAGUAACAAUUUGCUUAUUCGUUGAUGAUAUGAUAUUGUUCAGCAAAGACUUAAAUGCAAAUAAGAAAAUCAUAACAACACUCAAGAAACAAUACGAUACAAAGAUAAUAAAUCUGGGUGAAAGUGAUAACGAAAUUCAGUACGACAUACUUGGCUUAGAAAUCAAAUAUCAAAGAGGUAAAUACAUGAAAUUAGGUAUGGAAAACUCAUUAACUGAAAAAAUACCCAAACUAAACGUACCUUUGAACCCAAAAGGAAGGAAACUUAGCGCUCCAGGUCAACCAGGUCUAUAUAUAGACCAGCAAGAACUAGAGCUAGAAGAAGAUGAUUACAAAAUGAAGGUACAUGAAAUGCAAAAGCUGAUAGGUCUAGCAUCAUAUGUUGGAUAUAAAUUUAGAUUUGACCUAUUAUACUACAUCAACACACUUGCACAACAUAUACUAUUUCCGUCCAAGCAAGUGUUAGAUAUGACAUAUGAAUUGAUACAGUUCAUAUGGAAUACGAGAGAUAAGCAAUUAAUAUGGCACAAAAGCAAACCUGUUAAGCCAACAAAUAAAUUAGUUGUUAUAAGCGAUGCAUCGUAUGGUAACCAACCGUAUUAUAAAUCACAAAUUGGCAACAUAUAUUUACUUAAUGGAAAAGUAAUUGGAGGAAAGUCCACCAAGGCUUCAUUAACAUGUACUUCAACUACGGAAGCAGAAAUACACGCGAUAAGUGAAUCUGUCCCAUUAUUAAAUAACCUCAGUCACCUUGUGCAAGAACUUAACAAGAAACCAAUUACUAAAGGAUUACUAACCGACAGUAAAUCUACAAUCAGUAUAAUUAUAUCCAAUAAUGAAGAGAAAUUUAGAAACAGAUUUUUUGGUACUAAAGCAAUGAGACUAAGAGAUGAAGUAUCAGGAAAUCAUCUGCACGUAUGCUAUAUCGAAACCAAAAAGAAUAUUGCAGACGUAAUGACCAAACCUCUUCCGAUAAAAACAUUCAAACUAUUAACAAACAAAUGGAUUCAUUAG